CGUAGAGAACAGAGUGAUUCUGAAAACCAAUCGCUGAUUCCUCCGCAUUUUCCAAUUCGAUCCAAUCCAAUGCGGCGGACAAUUCCGCUGGAAGCGAGGGGUUGCAUAAAUAAUCGGCCAUAGUUAUUGGUACCAUUGUCAUGCCAUUCACUAGCCGCUUUUGUUUUGAAACAAUCCGGUGGAGCGUUCCUUUCCCUCCGCGUCUGAUAAUUCUUCUUCCUACCACCUGAGACGCUCGAGACCGAGUGCAGUUCGCCGCUCCACUGUUCCGACAACUUCCGCCAGGUCAAAGAAGCAGGACGCGCAGCUACCCACAGCUACCCACAUCGGUUUCCUGUCGCGACUCGCCAUGCCCGAUCUCAAUUCUGUGCCAGCUUCCCCUCAUUUCCUCGCCAACUCGUCGCGCCGUGCGUCCUCGCAGCAGAUGCCACCUCCUCCCGUUCCGAGCUCGCCUUCGCUGAACAUCCUUCCAUCGAAUCAGAGUAUGGUCAACGCUUCGAGCUCGUCGGCCCUGCCCUCGCCGCAGCUUUCCUUGUCGAGUUCAUUUCCCGGACCCAUGGGCGAUAACUCGGGAGUUGGCCCCGGGCCGGGGCCCAUACGGCACCCGCGUCCGCUCACUGCCGCCGAUCUCCACAUGCAGCUCGAAAAAGAGCAGGAGGCAGUGGUAAACCGACUGACCCGCGAACUCUCGAUGCUCCGCGCCGCCCAAAAUGCCUCGGUCGUUUCCAACGCCUCCUCGAACUCGGCAAGCGCCUCGGGUACCGAGCCCGCACACUGGGUGGAUACGCCGUCCUCGGGCCUUGGCUUGGGACACUACCCGCACCCACGCCACCACCGCACCUCAUCUAGCACGAGCGCCCGCAGCAUCACCGCCACGGCGGGCUCUGUCUCGACCACCUCGAUGGCGGGCAUCUCGUCGCCGGCGCCGGUCCGGCCCAGCCAACCUGCCCCCGUCCCUUCCCUCGCGGCAGCGGCAGCGGCAGGCAGCGUGCCGCUCAGCCGACAAAGCAGCAGCGCGUCGCGCCGCAGCCGGACCGGGUCUCCGUCGCCGGCACCGACCACGACCCCGGGAUCCGCCCAUUUCUACCACGACAGCCUGCCGGGCUACUUUUAUGCGCGCAUGCCCGUGCGCUCCAUGUCGCAGCAGUCGCAGUCAGGCGGCAGCGCCUCGGUCGCCGUCAACACCCCGGCCACCACCACCACGACGAGCGAGCUCUCCCCCGGCAUCCUCCCCGCCACGUCGCGCUACGAGGAGACGGCCUCGCGCAGGGCCGAGCUUGAGGAGAUCAAGCGCGAGAAUGAGGCACUCCGUCGCAGGGUCCGUGAGCUGGAGCGCAUGAUUAGUGAUGCUGCGCUGAGGGAAGGACAAGGCCAGGGUCAGGCUCAAGGUCGGAUUCAAAGUCAAGCUCAAACUCAAACUCAAACUGCAGGGCAAGAGCAAGGUCAGGGGCAGGGGCAGGGACAGCGACAGGAGCAGGAGCAGGGGAGGAGACAAGGGGAAGGGCGGCAGAGGGUGCUCAGCGCGGCGUCAACCUCUACUUCGCUGACCUCAACGGGGAGUCUGCUCGGCGUUGGCGUGCCCGAUCAGGAGGUCAGGGUUGGCGAGAGCGCGGCCAGCUCGGGUGUGGUGUUGCCUGAGAUGGAGCGGCAGGGGAGGCAGGGGAGGCAGGGGAGGGAGUAGAUCUCUCUUUCAUUUCUUCUCUCUUUCAUCUUGUUGACAUGUUUUCUUCUCUGAAUGGUCUGGUGGACACGGCGUGACGGGUUCUUUAUGGCUUUUAAUUACCUCUUUCUUACAAUUUCUCGGUGAACUCGUCGAAUGGGUGAUUGGCUGUUGUUCAUGUGUUGGGUGCUUUCGUGGGCUAUACGGGUUGAGUGUGCGAUACAUAGGAACCCACUGGGGAUGGCGUUUAUGCUCUUUCUGGGCUUUCGGGAUGUGCCUGGAUCUGGGAAAUGGUUUUUACUUCAUGGGAUAUAGUUCGCUUUGUUUGCCUUCCUGGGGAAGCAAUCAUACAAAUGAUAUGCGAUUUUCGGUCGCUUCAACUAGCAGUGCUUGAAUUCUCCCAGUUCGUUCUCACCUAACGCUG